AUGGAAGUUCCGUUAGAAUCAAGUAGGGCUAAGGACGAAAAUUCUCCGCUUCAUAAUGUAAGGCUGCCUUUUCUUGACAUCUAUGUGUUUAGGACAUAAUUUGGGGACGAGAAGGUGUUGAUUUUUCGCUGCCAAAGGAAUCGACUUCUCAGUUAUUUAAGAAUGAGGAAACUUCACCUCAAGCAGAGAGUGCCAUUCAGCAAUGUGAUGAACCCGGGGAGGAAUCAGAAGGAGUUGUAAGUGACUAAAAGUUUGGGUUUGUUACUUACGUUUAGGCUGAAGAGUAUGAUCUUCGAACUGUUCUAUUCUCGCAAGAGGUUGAGGCUGCUUUCUUCCAAUCGCGACGGAAGAUUUGUGGAGUUUCCGGGAUUUUCAACAUGGGGAAUACCUGUUACAUGAACUCAGCAGUGCAGGCAUUAGCCCAUUGUCCUCCAUUGAGGGAUUUCUUCUGUGUUUUGAGUGGAGGACCGAAGUUAUCUGGAAGUUGUCCUCCAACCGAUGCUAUUGUCUCAGUGGCGUUUAGAGAUUUGAUGAAUCGGUUAUGGUCACCGACUAAUUCGAAUGCCAUUCGCCCAACCGUUUUCUUAUUUGUAGGACAUACACCAACCUUUGUUGUGUUACCUUCCACUGGUAUGAAUUUUACUUUCAGAGGAUUAGAGAAAAAUGCGCUCAGUUUCGAGGCUUUUCUCAACAAGAUGCUCAAGAAUUCAUUCGGUGUUUCUUGGAUGUGCUGCAUCAAGAACUCAAGUAUGAAAUGCCAAGGAUUGAGAAAGAUCCAACAAGACCCGGACAUUCUCAUUCAUCUCUGAGUCAUUCCAGCACAGAAGAGGAAAAUAUGGACAGUGGAAUGAGUACUGAGAAUGUAUGGUUUUACAACUUAAUGUGUAUACUGUGGCUUAAUGUGUAUACUUAAUGUGUAUACUGUGGCUUUUAUUGCAAAUUAUAUUUUUAGGAAUCCGUUUCCUCUGCAAAUCAAGAUUCCAAGGAUAAUCUAGUAGAAAAAGAAGGUGGGGUUUCUAUGAUGUGUCAUGUUUCUGAUUUAGAAUUGAAAACGAAACCGCUUUAUGAAAGCGUCGUCAAUGUUGUAUUCGACGGGCAGCUGGUUAGCACAGUAAAGUGCCUAACCUGUCAACACUUAAGUGAAACCAACGAAACCUUUCAAGUGAGUCUUAUGGUAAUUUUUAUUUGAUGUUUUAGGAUAUAUCGUUGAGUAUUCCUUCAACAGAGCAAUUGGAGAAGAUGAGGGAAGCUUUUGAUGAACACAACAAUGAUGUCGGAAAGAGUAGGACGGGUGGAAAUGAAGUUAGUUAUGCCUACGUGAGUAUAAUUCGGCAAAAUGGACAGAUUGUUUGUUUUUUCAGUGGAUAUAUGACUUGACUGCGCGGUGGUUAAUCUGGCCGUGGUUCUCAUGGAUAAAUUCAUUUUAUCGAUAUUUAUUUACGGAAUGUGUCUCUCUUGAGGAUUGUCUCCGAGGAUUCUUCGCGGCAGACUACCUUCGAGGAGAGGAUAUGUAUAAAUGUGAGAAGUGCAACAAGUAGGUCAAUUUCUUUAAUUUAUAUGGUUAUUUUAAGCGCAAAGAAUGUAAGCCUAAAAAUUUUUGAUAAGGAAGUUUCAAUUCAUAAAUAACUAGGGUUGUUAAGUCGUCAACUUGGCACAUUGGUCACGUUGUCAAAUUGGCGUCAUUUUCGUCAUGUCAAAUUUUUCUGUCAUUUUGAUGCCAAGUUGAAUUUUCUUGGAAAUUUUUUUACAUUUUUGUAAAAAAAUAGUGAGAAUUAAUUUUAAAACAACAUAAAUCAUAAUUUGGUUUUUUGUUUGUUUUUUAUUUUUACUGUCGUCUAAUAAAAAGUAUGAGAUAAAACGACAGAUUCUGGGGAUUAAGGCGAAAAAAGAAUCUUAACGUCCAAAAAUAAUUCGGGCCAAAAAAUGGCGCGUCCUUUGGUGGAUUCUGAACCAGAAUCUUAUGCUGAUUACAAGUAUGAAAUAAAAUUGUUGCAUUCGAGAUUAAAAAAAGUACGAUCGAUUUUAUUUACCAUGUGAUUUGGUAUGUUACGACUAUCCUAACGCUUUAAUUUUUUGCAAUUUUGAAUUCUGCAGCCUCUAUAACCUUUGUAUACAGGAUCUCAAUUAGUUUACUCCACUUCUGAAGUCACUAAAGCCAUUAUAAAGUCCAAAAAACGAGUAUGUGAAUGUGUGCCUUAAGGGCGCAUUUGACAAAAAUAUUUUGGGGAUGUGUUUUCGAGGGUUCUACCAUCAAAGUCAUAUCCAAAAAUUUAAAAAAAAUUUUAUAGUGCCAGUUAACCAAGGAUCGUCUUUUUAUAGCUGUGUAUAUUUAUAUAUUUGGUAUUUUUAGACUUCGCAACGGAGUCAAAUUCUGCAAAAUAAAUGCCUUCCCGAAUGUUUUAUGCAUACAUCUGAAGAGGUUCCGGCACGACAGUUUAUAUAAUAGUAAAAUAAACACAAGGAUUACAUUCCCGCUGGUGGAUCUUGAUCUAACUUCAUUUAUGGAUCCAGAUGCCGACGAUCAAAAGAAAUAUGUCUACGAUUUGCUAUCGGUUGUUUCGCAUCGUGGAAGUUCAGUCGAUUGUAAGUUUUCUUCUUUAUAUACAGGGUGAUUCAAAAAAAGGACAUAUCCCUUCUUCGAUUUUCCUUGGAUUGGAACCAGAGAUUGCCACGGCCAAAAACGUGCAAUCUCUGGCGGCUCCGGAAACUUAACUGUUUCGGUUUUUUUGACUAUAUAAAUGUGUGUUAUUGAGCUUUCGUGGUUUUGUUAGAAAACAAUGACACGAUUUGAAAAUAACCAAUAACAUUACGAACGUUUUUGAGCCAAGUCGUACGCAACACAUUCUCCUCAGUAUUUUGAAAGCAAUUGGUUUAACAAGAUCACGAAAUUUUUACUUUUCCGAACGCUGAGAAGCCCGGCUCCGACUUUGGGCUCCGGAGCCGUUGCAACCUCUGAUUGCCGACAUACGUUGCUUUAAAAGAGUUUUUUACAAUUUGAAGAUGCCCCGGGCAUUUCCAAAAAACGGCUGUCUGAGAAUCUUUUGAUGUUUUGCAUGGUUGUUGUACUAAACAUUAGCCCGAAUUUUCAUUUACGGAAAUUGCGGCGAUUACGACAGAUGAAAUUGAUUUGGUACGUAAGGUUUAGCCAGGAUUAAAAAAACUGGGACCGCGUUGGCAAUAAACCUUUCAAAUUUUUCGACUUGCCUCUAGCUUAUUAGAAAAUUUCACAGUUGUUUGUGGAGAAACCUUUCCCCCAACCUUGCAGAUUUUCAAAAAAACCCUCCGGGUUUCAAUGCUUAGAAGUGGAGUUUUUUUUUAAGUUUUCUUGGUUUUAAACGAUUCUACGCAAAAUUCUUAUGUCUGGACCUGUAACUCUGUACCAAAUUCAAGUGCUUUCCUUAUGAAAUGCCGGGUCAACGCAUCCAUUACCGCGGGGAAAUGUGCGUAUGCUUUCUGGGAGAAAUGCGCCAUUUGGCACCAAUGUACACUAAUGUACUAUUUGUGCCAAAAAAUUAUUUUGGGAAAUUUCCCCAAUUUGGAAAAAAGUUGAAAAAACCCAAAAAUUUUUAAAGUUUUUUGCGACAAAAUUACAACCCCACUUACGAAUUUGAUUAAUUAGCUUAAUUAAGACACUGAUUGCCAAUAAAUAAUGUUUAGUUACGUUGCCUGGGGCUUCAAUAACGUCGGUUAAGUAGCCGGGAAUACUCUGGGGAGCUUUUUUAACGUCUUCUGGCUAAUAUUGUUCCAGAAUCGGAAAACUACAGUUUUCGGCUCAGAUAGACCGUUCAGACAGAGUUGCGAGGAAUUAUUUAUCUGACUAACUCAGAAGCCUGUAACACAUCUAAACGUUCUACCAAAAAAAGUAAACCCAGGCCCGCGGCCCAUUUGUCAAAUUUCCGUUUUUGGCCAGUCAAAGUAGCAAGAAUAUGGGCUGGCCUUGAAAUGACUGCGGGGUUAUUUUGGUGGGAUCGACGGACUCCAAAAUUUGUCCGGUUUUUUUUUUGAAUCACCCUGUAAUAUGCCUUUAGUUGGUCACUAUGUGGCAUAUUGUCUGAACGAUGUGGAUGGGAACUGGUAUGAAUACGACGAUUCAUUCGUCCGCCAGAUAUCCGAGGAUGAGGUCCUCAACUGUGAAGCAUACGUUCUCUUCUACCAAAAACGGGAAUGGUCGGACGAAGGAGGUCUGGAGAUGGACCAGUAA